CGUAGCUACUAAGCUAGCUAGCUAGCUAGCGUCAAAAACAUAUAAAAUCAGAGAUACAAAAGAAAGGGGAUUGGAAACGACCGCCCACGCCCUAUGUAAAAGGACUGACAUCCGGUGAAGCACUCCGUGUAAUCAUUGCGCUCGCAAAUAAUUACAUGGAGGACUGCGCUACGGUUUUGUAUCCCUGGUUUCUAGCUCUCCUAUCCACUAGAGAUCACUCAGGGCCUGGGAGAUACUUGAGAGAAGUAAGCUUAUACCACUGACAAGCUCUAAGUCCGUUGUCUUUACUCUGUUUCCAAUUUUUUUGAGUUUAGCUUGAAUUACUCUGUGUCAACUUUUCUCUGUCCCUCCUGUGAAGUCAAAACAGCAAAGGACAUUGCUUGACUUGGUUAUUAUGUAUCUAAGUGCUACAUAGAAUGGCUUUAUGCUAUAAAUAAGCUGUACUGUUCAUAAACGUUUGCAGUAUAGUCCUUCAAACUGCUUUAGUAUACUUUUAGACACACCACGGGCCUGUCCCUCCUACGACUUCAUAGUAAAGGCUAUUUCUUCUUGCAUAGCAUUUAUUUGUCUAGUAAUAGUGGCUGCAUGGCUUAGUCGACUUUUUAGAGCUAAAUUCUCUUUACUUUUUAGAAAAAUCAACAUUAAAGAUUAUCAAUUUCACUGUUUCUAUGUACAGCACAUUGUAGAGCAGUCAAGACAGGUAAUGAGCAUGCUGACUAUAAAUAUAAUCCUUUGUAGUUUUAGUCACGCCCUAUAACACGGAAUGCUUCACGCAAAAAUUUCGUAAAAAUUUCGUUUCCAAUCCCCUUUCUUUUGUAUCUCUGAUAAAAUGGAAAGACAUUCAAGGUCAAGCUCUCCUUACUCAGAGCUAAGCUGCUCUAUUCCCGAUGUACGAGUAACAAUAGAAGAACGCAAUGGUUACACAGAAACUACAGCGGAAGGUAUUGUCUUCACUGCUGAAGGUCACUCAACUCGAUUGCUCUCCCAAAUGGCAUCCCUAAGAACCAAAGGCCGGCUACUAUGUGAUGUCAUUCUUAGAAUAGGAAGCGAGGAAGUGUAUGCACACAGAGUGGUUCUGUCUGCUUGUAGCACCUACUUUUGUGCCAUGUUCACCAACAAAAUGAUGGAAAGUACCCAAGAAACAGUCACUCUAGCUGAGAUGGACCCUCAAGCUGUAAAAAGUCUCGUGGAAUUUGCUUACACAGCCAAGAUCAUAGUGAACGAAAACAACGUCCAACCCCUUCUAAAGGCUGCUUCUAUUCUUCAGUUGUCUGAAGUUGUUGGAGUAUGCUGUAACUUUUUAUGUGUCCAGCUACACUCAACCAACUGUCUAGGUAUAGUAUCAUUUGCUGAAGCUCAUGGUUGUAAUGUGUUAGCUGACUCUGCUCAGCAGUAUCUUCUCGAUCACUUUAUGGAAGUUGUGAAAUCUGACGAGUUUGUUCAUCUCAGUUUCGAUCGUGCUCAGAGGUUGCUCUAUUCCGACAACAUUAAUGUCUCAAAUGAAGAAGUUGUGUUCGAUGCUGUUUAUCGUUGGUUGACUUAUGAUUCGAAUACACGGAAGAUGCACGCGUUUGAAAUGCUUUCUGCAGUUCGAUUGCCCCUUCUCAAACCUCGCUUUUUAGCUGAACAAGUUUACACGAAGGACACUUUGCGACAAAAUCCACAAUGUGUCAAUCUGAUGAUGAAUGCUAUGAUCUACCAUUCAGUGCCUGAAAAGAGACUACAUCUCAAAGAGAUACUAAACGACACUCCGCGUAAAGGGACAAUAGGAACUAUGUUUGUUAUCGGAGGAAUGGAGUCUUGCCAGAACAAAGGUACUGUGGAGUUCUUCAAUGCACGCAAGAAUGAGUGGUUGCUAAUGAUAAACUCACAAUCGACAUGCAAAAGGCUACAAUUCGGAUGUGCUAUUCUUAAGUCCAAAAUCUACAUUGUUGGUGGCCGAAAUGGACUAAGAACUUUAAAUACAGUUGAUCGAUUCAAUCCCCUGACCAGUAGCUGGGAGGCUUGUGUGCCCAUGUGCUCAUACAGACACGGAGUUGGAGUGGGGGUGAUGUCAGGUCCUAUGUAUGCUGUUGGUGGACACGAUGGUUGGUCAUAUCUCAGCUCAGUGGAAAGGUAUGACCCUAACAUGAAAGUCUGGUCAUAUGUGUCUUCGAUGAAUUGUGCUCGCAGUACUUCAGGAGUGGCUGUACUCAAUGGAAAGCUCUUUGUGGUUGGUGGUAGAGACAGCAAUGCGUGCUUGAAGUCGGUAGAAUGCUACGACCCUCACACUGAUCGCUGGGCAAACGUCCCUGAUAUGAAUGUUGCAAGAGGAGGUGUAGCUGUCGCUGUGCUCUUCAGAAAGCUGUAUGCCAUUGGUGGACACGAGAUAUCAGAUCCACUCUCAUCCGUUGAAGUGUAUGAUCCUCUCACGAAUGUGUGGUCGAUGGUGGCUUCCAUGCGAUAUAGAAGAGAUGCUGUCGCUGCUGCUUCGUUUGGAGGAAAGGUGUAUGCAGUUGGAGGUUUUGAUGGGUCAGACUAUCUCUGUUCAGUGGAGGCCUACGAUCCUGAGUUGAAUGAGUGGAGCCUGGCAGCAGAACUGAGAUUGGGUCGUGCUGGCUCAGGGGUUGCAACCAGCUCGGACAUUUGUGUCAGUGAACUUCCUAAAUAGUACAUAAUAUAUAAUAUAGUAGUGAAUGCUAUUUUUAUCCCAAUCACUUUUUAAUUGCAUUCUGUGCAUUCUGUGCACGCAUUUUUA